GGACUGGAGGAGAACUGAGUGGCCGGCACUUCCGGCCGGCGGUGGCUGCUCAGGCUGAGCAGGCCCCUGAAGUGCUGUGCCUGGAGAUACCAUUGUGGACCCUGGAGAGGCACCCUGCAGCUUAUGCGGUAAAACCUCAACCACCCCAAACCUGGUCAGUUUGAGGGGAGCUGCUACCACAGUAUCCACUGAGGCCGGGGUUCCAGUCGUGUGGAGCAGCAGAGGGGAGUCUGACAGGGUCACCUCCUCCACAGAGAGAACUGGCAGCUGACUGCACUGCCAGGAACCAAGGCUUGGGGGUGUGGGGCCUGGAAGACCAGGGACACCUGAGGCAGGAGGUGCAGCGUGUGGAGUGGGGAACCCGAGACGGACUGGGGCCUCUGUUCAGGAUCAGGCAGGCAGAGUGGAGAGGGAGAGACGGAGCUCUGGAAGGGGAGCAGGAGGAGGGGGAGUAGUGGCAGCAGCCCAGGCCAGGUGUGUGUCCUGCAAGUGCUAGGACCAGCCACCCCUCCCCAUGGCCUCCAAGCCGGCUGCCGGGAAGAGCGGAGGGGAGAAGCGGAAAAGGGUGGUGCUGACGCUGAAGGAGAAGAUUGACAUCUGCACGCGCCUGGAGAAGGGCGAGAGCCGGAAGGCACUGAUGCAGGAGUACAACGUGGGCAUGUCCACUCUCUACGACAUCAGGGCUCACAAGGCACAGCUGCUUCGGUUCUUCGCCAGCUCGGACUCCAACAAGGCACUGGAGCAGCGGCGCACGCUGCACACGCCCAAGCUGGAGCACCUGGACCGCGUCCUGUACGAGUGGUUCCUGGGGAAGCGCUCCGAGGGCGUCCCCGUGUCAGGCCCCAUGCUCAUCGAGAAGGCCAAGGACUUCUACGAGCAGAUGCAGCUCACUGAGCCCUGUGUGUUCUCUGGAGGGUGGCUUUGGCGCUUUAAGGCCAGACACGGCAUUAAAAAGCUAGAUGCAUCCAGUGAAAAGCAGGCAGCCGACCACCAGGCCGCGGAGCAGUUCUGUGGGUUUUUCAGGAGCUUGGCUGCCGAGCACGGGCUGUCCCCCGAGCAGGUUUACAACGCUGAUGAGACCGGCCUUUUCUGGCGGUGCCUGCCCAAUCCCACUCCAGAAGGCGGGGCCGUGCCUGGCCUCAAGCAGAGCAAGGACCGGCUGACCGUGCUGAUGUGUGCCAAUGCCGCGGGCUCCCACAGGCUCAAGCCCUUGGCCAUCGGGAAGUGCAGCGGCCCCAGGGCUUUCAAAGGCAUCCAGCACCUGCCUGUCGCCUACAAGGCCCAGGGGAGCGCCUGGGUGGGCAAGGGGAUUCUUUCUGAUUGGUUCCAUCAUAUCUUUGUGCCCUCAGUGAGAGAGCACUUCAGAGCCAUAGGUUUGCCCGAAGACAGCAAGGCCGUUCUCUUGCUGGACAGCGCCCGGGCUCACCCGCAGGAGGCCGAGCUGGUGUCCAGCAAUGUUUUCACCAUCUUCCUGCCUGCCAGCGUGGCCUCCCUGGUGCAGCCCAUGGAGCAGGGCAUUCGGAGAGACUUCAUGAGGAACUUCAUUAACCCUCCGGCCCCCCUGCAGGGCCCCCACGCCCGCUACAAUAUGAAUGAUGCCAUCUUCAGCAUGGCCUGUGCCUGGAACGCAAUUCCCAGUGGCGUCUUCAGGCGGGCCUGGAGGAAGCUGUGGCCAUCCGUUGUGUUUGCUGAAGGCUCCUCCUCUGAGGAGGAGGUGGAGGCAGAGCACUUCCAAGCGAAGCCCCACAACAAAUCCUUUGCGCACAUCCUGGAGCUUGUGAAGGAAGGCUCCUCCUGCCCAGGCCAACUUCGCCAGCGCCAGGCCACCAGCUGGGGUGUAGCAGGAAGGGAGGCAGAAGGGGGACAACCCCCUGCUGCCACGUUGCCGGGAGAGGUGGUGUGGGGUUCAGAAAAGACUCCGAAAGCUGACCAAGACGGUGGAGGAGAUCCUGGUGAGGGUGAGGAGGCUGCCUGGGAACAGGCAGCCGUGGCCUUCGACGCAGUCCUGCGCUUUGCGGAGCGGCAGCCGUGCUUCAGUGCCCAGGAAGUGGGGCAGCUGCGAGCGCUGCGUGCCGUAUUCCGGGGCCAGCAGCAGGUGAGGAGGCGGUGUGGCGCUCUCGGGGCUGUGGUCAAGGUUGAAGCCCUCCAGGAGGGCCCUGGUGGCUGCGGGGCCACGGCUCACUCUCCCUUGCCCUGCUCAUCCACAGCAGGUGACAACUGAUGGCUUCUCUGCCCUGCCCUGGCCACCGGCCCUGUUUCUCCACGCACCCUGGAGUGGCAUGGUCCUAUGCCCCAACCCCACCUGAGGCAGGAGGGCAUGUGCAGACACUCAAGAGCCCUUCCAGGAGCGGGUCGCCCACGGUUGUGGCUCGGGUGCUCAGGACAGUCUGCCCGAGGUUCCUGUCAAUACAGGUUUUAUCACUUGCCAUGUCAUCCGAAAGUGAGGAAAUGCUUUGGAAGGGUCCACCCUAGCCUAGAACAAGCCAGAGUCUCACUGUGGCUGGAAUGGGGGCCAGGCUGGGCUGAUCUGGCCUCAUGUUUGCUGGCUGAUGAUUGCAGUAUCAGAGGGUGGAGAUGUCUGUCUGUCCAUGUGGAAAGAAGUUGUCCUCCAGACCGACAGGAGGCCAUGCCCACCGCCCCGGACAAGCUUCGUCUCAGAAGGCUCUAUCUGCUGGGCUGGCGGCUAUCCCCUUGUUGGGUGGACCCCGGGCACGGUGCCUGAGGGCCGAUGGCCGAGAGCUGGGACUCAGUUCUUGGCCUGCUCUCGGCUGAAGAGGCCGCACGUCUCACUUCAGUCGUGGCCUCGUUCAGCAGAAUGACUCUGGAACCAUCCUCUGUUACCCGCAGAUCCUAUCCCAUGGGCUCUGGCCCCAGGAUGUGGGGGGUCCUACGGAGAGUUGACUUGGUAGAGUUUCUUUCCGUGAAGAAAGUAGGAGUGGCUGACCAGGCCCUGCUCAUCACCCAGAUAGAGGACACAGACCCUGCGUGGUAUUUUGGCAUUUUGGCUCAGAGUGCAAUGUGCCAUGUUGCCCAGAAUUUCAUACUUACGGCCUUUACAUGAAUACGUCUUGAUCAGGCGUUCAAAGAUUAGUCUUAGGUUUGCACAUAAGUCACUGGAAACAGUAAAACAGGUUGCUUAGAUUUCCAGCAAUAUUUGUGCUCUUAUCCCCGGCUGUUAGCACGUUAGUAAUACCUUUGGGGAGGAGUUGUCUGUCCUGGUCAGUGUUCACAGACGUGGUUGUAAGAGGAUGUGGUGAUUUUCUCCAUUUCUGUAGCUGCUUUGCAGCAUCUCCAUUUCAUGGGCAGCACUCGCUUCCUGCAGCUGAGAUUCCAAAAUGCCCUGUGUCCACAGUGAUUAGCCUCAUCUUUGAGUGAGCAUGAAAUAGGUGCAUUAUUCUUUUUUUUUGUUCUUGAGGCAGGGUCUCACUGUGUUGACCAGGCUGGAGUGAAGUGGUGUGAUCACAGGUCACUUCAGCCUCGACCUCCCUGGCUUGAGUGAUCCUCCCACCCCAGCCUCCUGAGUACCUGAGACUAGAGACGUGCACCGUGAUGCCUACCUUUUUAUUUUUUUGCAGAGACAGGGUCUCACUGUGUUGCCGAGGCUAGUCUUGAACUCUUGGCCUCAAGUGAUCCUCCCUCCUCAGCCUCCCACACUGCUGGGAUUAUAGACGUGAGCCCCAGCACUCAGCCUAAAUGGGUUUUUCUUGCUAUGUUAUUUUCAGUGCUUUGCUCUUGAAUUCUUUUCCCCUCUUAAAUUUAUGUCAUUUGGCUGAGUCAGCACGUAGUUUGCAUUCCAGCGUCUGCUGUUGAUUCCACUGAAACCUUUGUUCUCAUGAGGGAGAGGAUUUGGCUCGCUGUGGUUUCUUGUAUUUUCACAUCCCUGCAGAUCCCGGGGCAAAAGUCAUUGCUGACAGAGCCCUACCCGUGUCCUGGAAGUGUGUGUUUCUUGCUUUGAAUGCAUGUGUGAAGGUUAUAAAAGCCAAACAGUUUCUAAAGACCUCGGUGCUGAACGACAGUCCCAGUUGUUCCCAUUUGGGUCCCGUUGCCUUCGUGGUGUCACCCCACUGUUUGCUUCCUGUGUCUGGGGAACUUCUGCACAUCCGUGUACUUUGUGCCAUUUCUGGGCUCACGUGUCACUCCUAGCAGAGCCUCAUAACCAAGAUUGCUGGAUUGCAGCUGCUUGAGGCAACGCAGGAGGUUAGAACCUGUCCCGAGGGCUCUGAAACAGCAGGACAUCCUGGGUGGGUGGAGCUGAGGAGGGCACAGGGCAGGCCUGCCGAGCUCCUGGCUGGCUCUCCUGAAUCUUCUGGAGAUGGCUUGUCCCUGUCAGACUGUAGCUCUUCAGGACCUGAGCUCUUCCCGCUCUUGACCUGCUUCUGUGCUGACUGUGCUGAGCUCAUGGGUAGACGUUUGUCCCCAGUGAGUGGCUGUGUCCUCAGGGUGUCCCUCUUCCAGACUAACUGCAACAAGGCUUGGAGCCUGACUCUAAGCACAGCCCCUGUGGCUGGAAUCCCUUGUGCCACCCAGGGGACUUGGGCCCUGCUCCUCCUGCAGCCCCUCCUCACCUGGGCUUGCUGCUGCUGCAGGUCUCCCUGGAGUGAGGUUUUUAGGGAGCCCAGAGCUUACUCAUCUCUGUGCUGCUGGGCCCAGCUGCCUGCUGCAUACUUCCUGCCUCCAUCCUGUCCCCCAGAACACUUUGUGGAGACUGCUGUUUCCUCCGAACACUUUGUUUUCACUUCCUGACCAGUCUCAGAAGCUCAAGUGGUUGAAUGUUUUAGCCUCGGAAUCUUUUUCCCCAAGCCCUCUCAGGUGGAGCCCCGCUGCACCAGACACCGCAGCCCUGUGAGGCUGUGUCUCCUCACUCCGUUUCUGGUGCUGCUGAGGCCCCUGGGAAGCCCUGGAGCUUGCCAGAGCAGAGCGUGAAAGUCUCUGGUCCCGUUUAAAUGCCUCUCCCUUUUAUCUGUGAGCACACCAGGCUGGAGCCACUCCCUGUCUUCUCACAGUGCCCCUACAGGUCAUGGCCUCAGUUCUCCAGUGGCUAGUGGAGCAGUGGGUGCUGCGACGUCUGGUUUGGGACCUCCGUGGCUGCUUCCAGCCUGCUAGUAGAACGAACCUCUUUGUACCACCGCAUUCUUCUCUGGUGGUGCCCCUGAGGGCUCAGGCCUGAGGGCGCUCCUUUGUCCUCAGUUGGGACAGGCAGCCUCCACUCUGGGAGCUCCCAUCCCUCAGGGUGCCCAGGAGAGGCCAUACUUUCAGGGUGGCAUGGUGAAUUCAGGGCUUGGGGUGGGUAGGUGGUCUUUCAGCCCCUUCUACCUUGGAUUGGUUUACAGAACACCUGUCCUGCCUGUGCCAGCCUGGAUCUCUGUGGGCACCCCCGGCACGCUGUCCUGAAGAUUGUCUGUCUCCUGCAUAGGAGGAUCUAGAGCGGACCUUGCCCUGGGCCCGUCUGUGUGUGACUUCAUAUGCUUCAUUCGUGCUCAGCCAUGGUUGCGCAUGCGAUGGAGACCACUUGGGCCGCCCCUGACACCAUAGGCCACUGUUCUUAUCCAGCGGGCCGAAUGAGUGAUUGCUAGUGGUAGGUUGACUGGAAGAAAGGAAGUCCCAGCCCCUGCUCAUGGCUUCCUCAGCUCCCUGGGGUUGGAAGGACUGUCAUCAGUUGUCCCCAGUUAAAGUCCAUUUGGAGGAGGUUCAGGGUCCGAGUGGCUGGAUGUGCUUCUGGAGGGACAGGGUUUGAGGCAGGGAUUUGCAGAAGGUGUAGGCUGCAUCCUUUCUUGGGAGGCUGUGGCACAAGGCAGUGAAACUUGGGACGAAUCAAGACCCAUCCACACUGCACCUCAGGGACCUCACCUCACCCCACAUACAUGUGCUUAUGGGGGGCCAGGGGUGGGGGCUUCUGCCUGAAAUCCCAGCGCUCUGGAACGCCAAGGCAGGAGGAUCACAUUAGUUCAGGAGUCUGAAACCAGCCUGGGCAACAGAGGGAGACCCCAUCUCUACAGAAAAUAAAAGAAAAUGAGCCAGGUGUAGUGGUGUUUGCCUGUCACCCCAGCUACUCAGGAGGCUGAGGCAGGAGGAUCCCCAAGCCCAGGAGUUCAAGGCUGCAGUGAGUUAUGGCCUCUGCACUCCAGCCUGGGUGAAAGAGUGAGAAGCCUUAUCUGUAAUAAAAAUAAUAAUAAAAUGUGCUUUGGGGUCAGGUGUGGAGAUCAGGGUUGGGGAGGUCAUGAGGUAGGGGUCAGGAUGUGGACAGUCGCGGGCUGGUGGGUGUGGCAGCCGUGAGGGGUGGGUGGUGGGCUGGGAGACAGGGCCUGGGCAGGGCUUCUGCAGUUCCGCUGCCCCCUCUGGGUUCGAGGACUCCCCUUGACAAGGGCUGAGCUCUCAGGCACUGCGUUGGGCUCAGCUGCCUGCUGGGAGGCGGGGGAGAAUGGACCUGUGAGGCCUUGUUUGUCCUCUUCCCUGUCCAGCUCCUGUAGACCCCAGGCCUGGCUGUCUGCAGGGCCAGGAGCUGCAGCCACCAGCCUCCCAGGUGAGCCCCAGCUCCUGGCCCUGCAUGCCGGCUCCUUUGCCCGUGUGGACUUGGCUCUGGUGUCUGCUUCAAAACAUGGACCCUCAGACCUUACACAUCUGUUGUUUCCCUUGCAGGGCAGUGAUGAUAACAUGAAAUGAGGUGGGGUCACUCCUGUUUAGAUAUGAGACUGGGGCCCAGGGAGGGGCAGGUGUGAAGUUGCUGAGGGCAGAGGGAGACCCACGGCUACCUGCUCCUGGUGACCAGCCUCAUGUUCACUGCUCACUCCCUGCCAUUCACCAGCUGCAUGACCUUGAGCAGUGCCCUCAACUGUAAACAGAGGUGAAAACACUCCUUUACCAGCCUUUUUAGGGGCCACUCUUGUGUGAGGCCUUGAACCUCAUUUCAGUUCCGUGGUGGUCCUGAGCCUCUGAAUCUGGACAUGGCCCCUGCUGGGUCCUGGUCUCAAGGGCAGCAUGAUGGCCUCCCUGCUCAGGCCCUGCACCCAGGGGCCAAUCCUGGGAGGCCCACUGGCCAUGGCUGGGCCCUCUCUCAGGGAACCUGUCAGCAUGGCCAUCUCCACACCCAGGCUGGCUGGGAAGCGAGAUACGAGGUGCUCAAAGGCCCUGUAUGUCUGCAGGCAGUCCCGUCCCACACAGGCCAGGAUUGUUGGGCCUCCUUAGCAGCCAAAGGAACUGAGGUCCAGAGCAGGGAAUGUGUUACCCAGUGUCAGAGCAUGGUCUGCUCUGGGGUCAGGUGUCUUGUGCUGGUCCUAAGCCACCCCAAGCCAAGGCAUGUCCCUGGGCCCAUUUCCCCUCUCGAGGUCUUGGGUUCCCUAUUUCUGAUGUGUGUAAAAGGAAGGCCUGUCCUCUGGGGUGGCCAUGAGGCUCAAUGGAAGGAGCUGCCAUGCUUGAGCCAGGACUUGGCACCUGGCCAGCCUUUUUCUAUUUCAUUGUACCUUGAUGGGCUGUCAGUUCUGAAGAGAAUAAAUACACUAGGAAUCCUGUUCUCCCUCCCCAUUCUCCCUGGCGGAGGGAAGUGACCACACCCCUAUGGUGUGGACAUACCGACGCUCCUCCACGAAGCAGCAAAGUUCUGUUGUUUCAGGAGACUGUGGGCCUUGAGGAUGUGGUAGUGACCUCACCAGAGGAGCUGGCAAUUCCUAAGUGCUGCCCGGAGGCCUCUACAGAGACAUAAUGUUGGAGAACUUCUGCCUCAUGGCAGUGCUGGGUAAGACCCCUCCAUCCCCACCAGUGCCCUUGAGGGUAUGAGUGUUGGUAGGUGUGUGGCCUCCAUCUCUGUAAUGAUGGUAUUAAGGACUGCAUGUUUGUGUUCCCCCCAAAGUUUAUGUGUUGAAACCCUGACCCCCAGUAGGGUGAUAUUAGGAGGUGGGGCCUUUGGGAGGUGACUAGGCUUAGGUGAGGUCAUGAGGGUGGGGCUCCCCGAUGAGAUUGAGUCCUUGAAAGGAAGGAACUAGAGCGAGGUCUCUUUCUGCUGUGUGAUCAUACGAGAAAAUUGCCGUCUUUCAAGCUGGGUACAGUGGCUGAUGCCUGUAAUCCCAGCACUGGAAGGCCAAGGCAUUAGGAUUGCUUUGAGUCCAGGAGUUUGAGACCAGCUUAGGCAUUCUUAUCGCUAGAAAAAAAGAAAUAAAAUAGAAAACUGCCAUCUGCAAAUCAGAAAGAGUCUUCAGCAGACACCAGACUGCCAGUGCCUUUGAUAUUGGACUUUCAGUCCCCAGAUCUGUGAGAAAUUAAUUUCUGUUGUUUAAACCACCUAGCCUGUGGUAUUUUGUUACAGCAAUCCAAACUGAGACAGGCAGUAAGGAGAGAACAGAGGUUCCAGCCUGCUUCAGGUCCAGGCAGUUCUGCCAUUGCCCUCAACUCCUCAGUUCCAGUCAUGGGCCAGGCCCCUGGGGGACUUCGGAUGAGUAAAACAUGCACCUAUCAGGAAGGUUCACCUGGUCUAGAAGGGGAGGCAGACCCACACUGCCCACCAUGACCCGGACAGUGUGAUAAAUACAGAGCACCUCAUGGCCAGGGCCUGGGGGAUUCCCACCCUGCCCUGCCCAGUGCCAAUAACAGAGGGACCCUGGAGUUGCGUACACAAGAUAGCAGUUUAGUUCUUGCACACAUACUAGUUGAGAAGGGAAAUCGGGGCUGAUGAGACAGCUCAACUGUCUGGCAGAGCCAGGCUCCGUCUGCCAUGAUGCAGUCUGGAUGUUUGUCCCUUUCUAAUCGUAUAUGGAAAUUCGAUCCCCAGUGUUGAAGGUGGGGCCUGAUGGGAGAUGUUCCUGUUAUCGGGAUGGAUCCUUCGUUAAUAGCCUGGUGCCAUCUUUGUGGUAACAAAUGAGUUCUCACUUGAUUAGUUUCUAUGAGAACUGUUUGUUAAAGAGAGCCUGGCACCUCCCUCCCUUCUUCCUCCUCUUGCUAUGUGGUGCUGCUUCCCUUUGCCUUCCAUCAUGAGUGGAAGCUCCCUGAAUUCCCCACCAGAAGCAAAUGCUGGCACCAUGCUGCUUGUACAGCCUACAGAACUGUGAGCCAAAUAAACCUCUUUUCUUUAUAAAUUA